UUACUAACCUAAAACCACUUUUGGCACUCCACUCGUACUAUGUGACAAGUCCUCUCUCCAUUUCUCUCUUCUUCUGCUGUGUCUCUCUCUCUCCGAGAUGAAGAAGAGAGAGCAGAAUGGCGGUGUUGCUCUGAAACAAGCGGUUUUGGGGCAAAAGGCGACGGUUUUUGCGCUCCUGAUAGUGGCUUUAGGGUUUUCAGAAGCCCAGACUGAUCCCAACGAUGCUAGUGUUAUGCAGAAGCUCGCCAUUAGCAUCAAUGCUGGAAAGACCCUUGGUUGGACCUCUGAUACUGAUCCAUGUUCAUGGAAGCAGGUUUAUUGUUCGCAAAGUAGGAUUGAAUCCAUCCAAAUAGGGCACCAAAGUCUUCAAGGAACUUUACCGGAUGAUCUCAACAAGCUUUCGUCUCUGGUUAGGCUCGAGCUCAUGUCAAACCAGCUUUCGGGGCCGUUGCCUACUCUAAAAGGUCUUAGUUCUUUGAGCAUCCUGAUUAUUGAAAGGAAUAAUUUCAGUUCAAUACCAGGUGAUUUCUUCUCUGGUUUAAUAGCAUUGACAGCUGUUAGUUUAGACAAUAACCCAUUUUCUCCAUGGCGAAUACCGGAGAGUUUGAAGGAAUUGAUCAGUCUGGUAAACUUCUCUGCAAAUACGGUUAACUUAUAUGGAGAAAUACCUGAUAUCUUCUCAGCCUUGCCAAGCCUAAAUACAUUGGCCUUGGCUUAUAACAAUCUCUAUGGAAACUUGCCUCAGAGUUUUUCAGGAUCUCCUGUGAGGUUCUUAUGGCUCAACAAUCAAAAUCAAAAUCAACAGGUGUCAAAGCUUAAUGGCUCUAUUUCAGUGAUUCAGAACAUGACUGGCUUGGUUCAAGUUUGGUUACAUUCAAACCAUUUCUCCGGUCCAUUGCCUGAUUUCUCUGGACUCACUUCUUUGGAGGAGCUGAGGCUUCGAGAUAACGAAUUUACAGGCCUUGUUCCCAAAUCUCUUACGAAUCUUAAAUCUCUACAAAACAUUUCUUUAACCAAUAACCAUUUUCAGGGGCCUCUGCCUCAGUUUCUUCCUUCCAUUGUUUCAGUCGAUAUGGUCGCUCAAACAAAUAGCUUCUGCUUAGAUGUUCCUGGGGAUUGUGAUCCUCGAGUGAAUAGCUUGCUAUCAAUAGCUGAACCAUUGGGUUACCCUGACAAUUUUGCCACUAAUUGGAAAGGAAAUGAUCCUUGUAAUCAAUGGAAUUAUGUUACUUGCAGUUCUCAAGGUAACAUAACCAUACUCAAUUUCCAGGGCUUGAAUUUAACAGGAACCAUUUCUCCUGACUUUUCGAGGUUCGAGUCUUUGCAGAGGCUCUUGCUUGGGCGCAAUAACCUCCAUGGAACCAUCCCACCUGAGCUCACCAAGCUCUCGAAGCUAAUAGUGCUUAAUGUGUCAGACAACUCACUUUCAGGAAAGAUCCCAGAUUUUGGACAGAAUGUUAAUUUGAUAAAGGAUGGAAACCCAGAUCUUGGUAAGGAUGGAAAUCAUGGUGGUGGCGGCUCUGAACCUGCGGCUCCAUCACCAGAAAAUGGCAAGCCAAGCCCUAAAACCAUCGGGGAAGUGUCAAAGUCUAGUAACGUGGUGACGAUCGUAGGGGUUGUUAUAGGGGUUUUAGUUGGGGUUUUUGUGGUUGGUGGGUUAGGGUUCUUUUGCUAUAGAAGGAGGCAACAUAAGUUUAGGCGAGUCCGCAGCCCUAGAGCAUUGGAACCUCACUCAAUUGUGGUGCACCCAACCCACUCAGGGUCAGGUUCUGAGUUCCAAAAAGUGACAAUAUUGGGUUCAAGCCCUGGAACCAUGGAGCUAAGCCCUGGUUCAAUGGCUCAUGCCCAUCACGGCUUUGUUCAAAUGGUCGAUGAUAGGGUUCCAACUAUAGGAAUACAAACUCUUCGAAAAAUUACGAAGAAUUUUGAUAAAGAGAACGAAUUGGGCCGUGGGGGUUUUGGUACUGUGUAUAAGGGAGAACUGGAAGAUGGGACUAUGAUGGCGGUGAAGAGAAUGGCGGGCGGAGUUAUUGGAGAUACGGGGUUAACUGAGUAUGAAGCUGAGAUUGCUAGUCUUUCGAAGCUUCGACAUCGAAAUUUGGUGACUUUGAUGUAUUAUUGUUGGGAGGGGUCAGAGAGGGCCUUAGUUUAUGAGUAUAUGGCACAAGGGGCACUGAGUGAUCAUUUGUUUAAGUGGAAAGAGAGAGAGUGGAAGCCAAUGGAUUGGGAAAGGCGAGUGAGAGUGGCUCUAGAUGUAGCGAGAGGGGUCGAGUAUCUGCACAGUCUUGCAAGGGAGAAAUUCAUACACAGGGAUUUGAAGAGUUCGAAUGUUUUGCUUGCAGAGGAUAUGACAGCGAAGGUUGGGGACUUUGGGCUGGUGAGGCUGGCCCCCCAGGGGGGGGUCUCGAUCCAAGUGACCAAGAUGGCUGGAACAUUCGGGUACCUCGCACCUGAGUACACAAUGAAUCCUCGUGUCUCAGUCAAGGUAGAUGUGUACAGCUAUGGCGUCAUCCUCAUGGAGCUAAUAACUGGCCGAAAAGCGUUAGAAGAGAAUCAGACUGAAGAGUGCGUGGUGCUUUCUUCCUGGUUUCGCCGCAUCCUCCCAACCAAUGGUGGCCUCCAAGCACUUAUUGACCCAUCUCUUGAUCCCCCCUCUGAGGAGACUCUAGAGAGCAUUUCACGAGUCGCCGAACUUUCAUUCCAAUGCACAAUGCGAGACCCAACUCAAAGGCCCGAUAUGGGCUAUGUGGUUGGUGUUUUGUCAUCUCUUGUUAAUGUUUGGAAGCCACAAGAUGAGGCUGACCCUGAAGAGUAUUAUGGGGUUGAUCUUGACUUGCCUUUACCUGAGGCUGUAAAGAGAUGGCAAGCCUCAAGUGAUUCACAAGCAACGGGGGCCUUUGGCUUUGCUUCUGAGGAUACAGGUUCGAGCAUACCAACUAAGCCUACUGGGUUUGCUGAGUCCUUCGCUUCAGCUGAUGGUCGAUGAAUGUGGAGAAAUUGAAAUACAUGGGUGGAGUUUGGACAUUUCAAAUUCAGCUCUUUUGAUGGAAAUGUUGGUGUUGGGGGAUCUCUCUUGAAAUAGGAAGAGUGUGAAGAUUGUGGGGAUUUUGGUUUCUAUAGAGCAGUUGGUGGUCAUGUAAAUGUCGGUCUAGUCACUUAUCUAAACUGGGAAAGGUGUUUUGAAUUGUUGGAAAUACCCUUUUACUGCUAGUGUCCGAGUCCUUUGUUUGAGAGAUGUGCGCUCUCUCUUGCUGAGGACUGGGACCCAAGGUCUCGGGUGGAUAGGCUUUACUCUUGGUUUUUUAUUCCUCUUUUCGGUUUUUCUUUUUCUUAAAUUAUGUUUCAUGUUUCUUUUAGUGUGUGUUUUUACUAAAUGGAAAUAGAAUUAUGGAAA